AACGUUGUAUUCUCGUGAUUUGACGUUUGUUUCAACGAAAAGAAGGAAGUGGGCCGUGUUUUCACAAUAACUACUUCGAGAAUAUUAUCGAAAUCGUUUUUUCCUGUUAAUUAAUGUACUAAAAACCUACAAAACGGGACCAAAGUGAUAUAACUAACAAUGGCGAACCUGAAAACAGACUUAGAUCAAUACUUGCUGAAGAAUGAAAGUCGUCGGAGUUAUAAUUUUAGUUUACCAUCAUUCUCUACUCCAAGUUUUAUGACUCGGAGUACGGAAGAGAGCCCCAGUACUGCAAGCAGUACCGCUUCGUGGUUUGAAAAUGUACAAAAGGAAUAUUUCACUCUAAGCAGAACACAGCGGUUUAUGGGUUUUGGAAUAUGUUUAUUCUUCGGAGUGCUAUGUUUUAUCCUGUCAUUCCUGUAUAUACCCAUACUGCUGCUGCAAGCUCGCAAGUUUGCACUGCUCUUCACACUAGGCAGCAUGUUCUUCAUUAUCAGUUUCAGCUUCCUCUAUGGUCCGUGGAAUCACCUGAAAUCAAUGUUCAGUAAGGAGAGGGCGCUCACAACAUCCCUGUACUUGCUGACUCUGAUAGCCACAUUGUACUGCGCUCUACACCUUCAAAGCACACCAUGGACCAUAGUCUGUGCAGUGCUGCAAGUCAUCGCCCUGAUCUGGAUGAUGAUGGGCUCCAUCCCUGGAGGCUCCUCCGGCAUGAGGUUCUUCGGAAGCAUGUUCAAGUCAUCUGUCUCCAACACCCUACCCAUUUAACAUUAUAUCUAUACAAGGACUGCAAUAAUAAUUAAGUUUUGAUAUGAAUAAUUAAGAUGUUAUUUUUAUAUUUGAUAGAAAAUAAAAUGGUGAUGUUUGAAUGUACUCUAGUUAAUCUGGUUAUUCAGUUAUUGUUGCCAUUACUUCUGAUUACAAUAGUUAAAGUGAUAUCUACUAUGUCACUGCUCUAGCUAUUAGAAGAUAGCUGUUGAUGAUGAGAUUCGAGAUUUGAAUACCAUAUUGAGCAAGACACUUUUGUUUGAUUCCCUCUGUGCCUUUAUAUAAGGCAUUAAACAUUUUGGGGUGCUUUCACAAUAUUUGACCAAUUUUUAUCAACAUUUCAAUUCUUCAAUUAUUAUUUUUUUAAAUAAUAUGGAACUUGACCAAUGCCUGUGCAUAUUACUACUUUAAAAAAAUACUAGUUAUCAACACUGCUAACAACUAGCCAAUAAAACAAUAAAUGGGAUAUGAUUCGACACUUUUUCAUUAACAUAAAAUGAUCAGAUAAUUGUUGGUGUUCCACUACACUUUGCUAGAGACCUAUGUGGCAUAUAGCUUACUGUUUAAUUAAACUCAUAAAAGAAAAAUUUAAUGCAUGUAAUCUAGGACUGAAAUGAUGAAUUAUGGAAAUAUUGUAAGUUUCUAGUGUACCAGUUCAUUAGGUCAAUGUACUACUGCAUUGCCCCAGUUAAGACUUGUUUAUGAAAUUAGCAACUAUUAACAUGCAUGUACGAAUUUCCCUGUGUUAAAUCGCGUGAGUAGUGAGUACUUCUUUACUUUAUACUUUAUGCUUGUAUUUAAAUAUUUGUGUACUUUUGUUCCUAUUGCGCUAUUAGGGUGGUUCGUUAGUCAAAAAUAAAUUACACAUUUUAAUUAAGUCACACUUCCAUUCACCGAUUUUCUUGUAUCUAGUUAGUAAUUAUUUCGUAUAUUUUUUAAAUAUUGAAUAGCUACGAGCAAAUGAUAACCUACUUGACACAAAAAUCUAGCGCAACUAUGGAACCAUCCCUAUUAUCGAAAUCCUUUUAUAAUAGGUAUACUAAUGAAUAACUAAUGUGAUUGUAAACCUAAAAAUAUUAUCAGAUCUUAAAGAUUGUUUUUAUACUUAUGUCUUAUUUAAAAUUAUAAUAAAAUUGGUGUGUAACUUUACAAGAGAUUUAUACUUACUCUAUAUUUUUAAAUGGUUAAUUCGGUCUUUAUCUUAGAAAAUAACCCAACCUAAAUUAAUGGACUGUUUACAUUUACAAUACCUAUUUAUUGAAUUUAUUUGCUUGUAAUUUGCUAUAGGUAUGUAUUUUUCUAUGAAUUAGAAGUUUAGAACUAUGUUCAACACUUCUAUCUGUGACCCUUGUAAUCAUCAGGUGUGAUUGUAACCAAUACGUCAGCCAACACAGCACAUAUCUGUAUACAUUCUGUGAUAUCUAUGAUUAAAACAAUAUUAUUGUCAGCUGAACAACUUUAUACUUAUAUUCUUUUAACAUGAUUUUGUAAAAAACUUAUGUAUAGAUAGGUACCUAAUUUUAGUGAUUUAUUUAGUAUCUAUUACCUACUAUUAAUUAUUAUAUUGCCGAUAAUGUUUACUGCCUUGGUAUCGUGUUAUAUAACGAGUACCUAACAUUGUUUGUCAAUAAAAUAACACGCUCAAACAAUUUGAAACGUAAUUACUAUAAAUAUUUUGUGUAAAAAUACCUUUUUUACAAUUUCAAUUAUACUUGGGAUUUUUA